CGCCUGCACAACCGCCAAGGCUCAGAGCAGCAAGGCCAGAAGUAUCUCUCCUCAGCACCAAGCAGAUCCCAGCUGGGAUGGGCAGCCCAGUGCACCGAGUGUCCCUGGGGGAUACCUGGAGCAGGCAAGUGCACCCCGACAUAGAGUGUGAGAGGAACCUACAGUCUUUCAACGUGGAACGGCUCACCAACAUCCUUGAUGGCGGAGCCGAGAACACCGCACUCCGGAGGAAAGUUGAGAGCAUCAUCCACAGUGAUCCAAAAUGCAGCCUGAAGGAUAAUUAUUUCAUGACCCAGAAUGAAUGUUAUGAGGCCGCCGUCCAGAGGAAAUUCCACAUCCAGACAAUAGCAAAGUGCCUGGGCUGGUCGGAAAACAGUCCUGAAUUAUUUUAUGCUUAUAGAGCCGUUUCUGGAGAAGUGGCCUUAAAUAUACACAGCCUUUUCCUGAAAGCCCUCAGGAGCCUGGGCUCAGAGGAGCAGAUUGCCAAAUGGGCCCCACUCUGCAAUAAUUUCCAGAUCAUCACAACAUACGCCCAGACAGAACUGGGACACGGGACAUAUCUUCAGGGCCUGGAGACUGAAGCCACCUAUGAUGCAGCCACCCAGGAGUUUGUGGUACACAGCCCCACGAUGACUGCCACCAAAUGGUGGCCUGGGGACCUGGGACAGUCAGCCACCCAUGCCUUGGUCCAGGCCCAGCUGAUCUGCUCAGGAGCCCGGCAGGGAAUGCACGCCUUUAUUGUGCCCAUCCGGAGCCUCGAGGACCACACCCCACUGCCAGGAAUCACUGUUGGAGACAUCGGGCCCAAGAUGGGCUUUGACUAUACAGACCAUGGCUUCUUGCGACUGGACCAUGUGCGGAUCCCCAGAGACAACAUGCUGAGUCGCUUUGCACAGGUCUUGCCAGAUGGCACCUACCUCAAGCCCGGAAAAUUGCAGAUCAACUACCUUUCCAUGGUGAUAACACGGGUGAAUCUGCUCUGGGGCGAGGUAACACCCAUUCUGCAGAAGGCCUGUGUCAUCGCCAUUCGCUACUCGGUCAUCCGCCGGCAGUCCUGCCUCCGGCCCAGUGACCCAGAGGCAAAAGUCCUGGACCACCAGACACAGCAGCAGAAACUCUUUCCUCAGCUGGCCACAGCCUAUGCAUUCCAUUUCCUGACAAGCAACCUCUUGGAAUUCUUCCACAGCUCCUAUGAUGCCAUUCUGAACAGAGACUUCAGCCUCCUGCCUGAGCUUCACGCACUGAGCUCAGGACUCAAGGCCAUGGCGUCAGACUUGUGCAGCUGGGGGACUGAGCUGUGCCACAAAGCCUGCGGCGGCCAUGGCUACUCGAAGCUGAGUGGCCUGCCCUCACUGGUCGCCAGAGUGACAGCCGCCUGCACCUACGAGGGUGACAACACUGUGCUCUACCUGCAGAUGGCCAGGUUUCUGGAGAAAAACUACCUGCAAGCUCAGGCAUCCCAAGACUCCACAUCGCAGAGAUCUCUCCCUCAGUCUGUUGCGUACCUGACUGCACCUGACCUGGCCAGGUGCCCAGCUCAGAAAGCAGCUGACUUCCUCCACCCACAACUCUACACCACAGCCUGGGCACACGUGGCAGCCAGGCUCAUAAAGGACUCAGUGCAUCACUUGCAGACUCUGAUGCAGUCCGGGGCUGACAGGUAUGAGGCAUGGAACCAGACCACUGUCAUGCACGUCCAGGCUGCUAAGGCACACUGCCAUUAUAUCAGUGUAAAGAAUUUUACAGAAACUCUGGACAAACUAGAAAAUGAACCAGCAAUUCAGCAGGUGCUCAAACGCCUCUGUGACCUCUAUGCUUUACAUGGCAUCCUGACAAACUCGGGUGAGUUUCUUCAUGAUGGCUUCCUAUCUGGGGCCCAAGUGGAUGCGGUGAGAACAGCCUACCUGGAUCUGCUCCCCCUCAUCCGGAAGGAUGCCAUCUUGUUAACUGAUGCUUUUGACUUCACGGAUCAGAGCUUAAACUCAGCACUUGGCUGUUACGAUGGCAAUGUCUAUGAACGUCUAUUCGAAUGGGCUCAGAGGUCACCGACCAAUACUCAGGGGAACCCUGCCUAUGAGAAAUAUUUAAGACCACUAUUACAAAGUUCGAGAGCCAAGCUGUGAAAUAAUCAGCAGCAUUCAAGAGGCACCACCAUGUGAUAAUGGCACUAUUUAAUGGCAUAUAUAGCAUUAAUGGCAUAUAUAGCAUUAAAUUUUAAAGUAUACUUCAUAUACACUUUAUACAUUUUCAAGUAUGUAUACAUUUAUAUCUUUUUGGUUUUUUCAAGUAAGCUCUACGCCCAACACAGGGCUUGAAAUCACGACCCCAAGAUCAAGAGUCUGCCGUUUCAGCCAGCUAGGCGCCCAAUAAAGUGUGUAUUUUUUUAAAGAGAAUCAUUAUCUUUUAGAGACAUAGUCUGAAAUGAAUGAAACAUCUGUGAUUUACUUUAAGAUAAUCCAUGGGAGGAAAAAAAAGAGCAAAUAGUUGAAGAUGAUCAAUGGGUACAUGAAUGUUUGCACUAUUCUCUUUACUUCUGAAUAUGUUUGAAAUAAAAAAUAGUAGCGCUA